AUGGGUUCAGUGCCCCCUGAAGCUUCCAGUAUGAGAGUGCAAGGUGUCCUUCACCCUGAGGAUACUGGUCAAAUAGAAAGGUCCAAUUGGGUGCUGGAUUCUCCCAAUCCACCACCUCUCUGGAAGAAGCUACUUAGUUCAGUCAAGGAGACCCUUUUGCCUCAUGGGAACAAGUUCUGUUGUUUCUCAUCCAAGAAGAAAACUUUCCAUGGAUAUGCUUUCUCAUUCUUGCAGGGUUUAUUUCCAAUCCUUAGUUGGUUAAGAGAUUACAAUGCCUCAAAGUUUAAAGAUGAUCUGUUAGCUGGUUUAACUCUUGCCAGCCUGAGCAUACCUCAGAGUAUAGGAUAUGCUAAUUUAGCAAAAGUGGAUCCUGAAUAUGGACUGUAUACUAGUGUUCUUCCUCCUCUUAUUUAUGCUAUGAUGGGGAGCUCAAGAGAAAUUGCAAUUGGACCUGUAGCUGUAGUGUCAAUGCUGUUAUCCUCCCUGGUUCAGAAAGUGGAAGAUCCUGUUGCUAAUCCCCAUGCUUAUAGAAACACCGUCUUUACUGUGACCUUCUUUGCUGGAGUUUUUCAAACUGCAUUUGGUGUUUUCAGGUUGGGUUUUCUUGUGGAUUUUCUUUCACAUGCUGCCCUAGUUGGAUUCAUGGCAGGCGCAGCCAUUAUUAUUGGUCUUCAGCAGCUCAAGGGAUUGCUGGGAAUUACUCACUUUACCUCCAAAACUGAUGCAGUAUCAGUGUUGGCAUCUGUUUAUAAAUCAUUACAUCAUCAAAUUACUUCUGGAGAAAAAUGGUCCCCUCUGAAUUUGAUCCUGGGGUGCUCAUUCUUGAUUUUACUUCUAAUUACUCGUUUUAUUGGCAGAAGAAACAAAAAGCUUUUCUGGUUGCCUGCUAUUUCUCCACUUCUAUCAGUUAUACUAUCAACUUUAAUUGUGUAUUUGUCAAAAGCUGAUACACACGGGGUUAAUAUAAUAAAGCACGUCAAAGGAGGCCUGAAUCCAAGUUCAGUUCACCAGUUGCAAUUCCAUGGUCAAAAUGUUGGACAAGCAGCUAAAAUUGGACUGAUUUGUGCAGUUAUUGCACUCACUGAAGCAAUAGCUGUUGGUCGAUCUUUUGCUUCCAUUAAGGGAUACCAUCUUGAUGGGAACAAAGAAAUGUUAUCAAUGGGAUUCAUGAACAUAGCAGGAUCUUUAACUUCAUGCUAUGUGGCAACUGGUUCAUUCUCAAGGACUGCAGUAAAUUUCAGUGCAGGAUGUCAAACAGCAGUAUCAAAUAUUGUGAUGGCCAUUACGGUGGUUUUGUCCCUCGAAUUAUUUACAAGGCUCCUAUAUUACACCCCUAUGGCUAUCCUUGCUUCUAUCAUCCUCUCAGCACUUCCUGGAUUGAUUGACAUAAGUGAGGCUUGCUAUAUCUAUAAGGUUGACAAAUUAGACUUUCUUGCCUGUGUUGCUGCUUUCUUGGGCGUCUUGUUUGUAUCCGUAGAGAUUGGUCUUCUUGUUGCAGUGAUAAUCUCGUUUGCAAAGAUACUGAUACAAUCAAUUCGACCUGGAAUAGAAGUUCUAGGUAGAGUUCCAAGAACUGAAGCCUUCUGCGAUGUUACUCAAUAUCCCAUGGCCAUGAGCACUCCAGGCAUCAUAGUGAUUCGCAUAAGCUCUGGCUCACUUUGCUUUGCAAAUGCUAAUUUUGUCAGAGAAAGAAUACUGAAGUGGGUCAUGGAAGAAGAUGACCUUAAAGAAACUACCAAAGGAAGGGUCCAAGCAAUAGUUCUAGACAUGACAAACCUAAUGAAUGUUGAUACUUCCGGAAUUCUAGCACUAGAGGAACUGCACAAGAGGUUGCUUUCACGUGGCGUACAAUUAGCUAUGGUCAACCCAAGGUGGCUAGUAAUUCACAAGCUUAAGCUUGCACACUUUGUUGACAAAAUUGGAAAAGAAUGGAUUUUCCUUACUGUUGGAGAAGCCAUAGAUGCAUGUCUCUCCUAAAUUUGCUAGCACUUGAUAUCACGUGUCUCUGUGCCAUGCUAUCUUUAAAUUUUAUUGCAUAGGUUGUGGGUUUUGUUAAAAUGUUAAUGCUGAAUUGCAUAUUUAAGCACAUAAACUUGUGUGAUAUUAUCUUCUCCUACACAAGCUGGUCAGCUAUUCCAAAUGGGAUUGUGCCAUGCUGCACCAGAGGGGGAGGGAUAUACCAUGCACUAUGGGGUGUCAUAAACUACCUUAUUGCUAUAAUUUCUCAAUUUUGGAAGUGAGUGAUGUUUAUUUGUAUG